AUGACUUCAUGGUUGCAGGAGUUGGUGACCUUCAAAGACGUGGCCGUGGACUUCACCCAGGAGGAGUGGCAACAGCGGGAGCCGGCUCAGAGGGACCUCUACAGAGAUGUGAUGCUGGAGACCUUGCAGAACCUGAGCUCACUAGGAAGCCGUGCCUGCAGGAGCGUCCCCGGGCUGGCCCUGGAAGAGCUGGGAGGGAGCCGCCUCUGGCGCUCUGGGGCGGGAGAGGCCCAGGGGCCUCCAGGAGGGGCCCCUGCAGAGCAUCAGCCCAGAGCCACCCAGCCAGGAACUCCAGAAGGGAGGGGCCCCCACGGUUGUGCCCCGCGGAACCCCGCCUGGGAGGGCCCCCGGGGAGCCCCUGGCGGCGAGGAGCCCUGCGUGUGCAGGGAGUGCGGGGAGGCCUUUGCGCAGCGGGCCCAGCUGGCGCAGCAUCAGCGCGCGCACGCCCUGGACAAGCCCUUCGCGUGCGGCGAGUGCGGCAAGCGCUUCACCAAGCGCUCAUCCCUGCUCGGGCACCAGCGGGCCCGCACGGGCGCCAGGCCCCACCAGUGCCGCGUGUGCGGGAAGGCUUUCCGCAAGAAAUCCGACCCGCUCAACCACCACCGCACACACACGGGCGAGCGGCCUUUCAAGUGCUGCGAGUGCGGCAAGGCGAUCGCGCAGAGCAUGACGCUGGUGGAGCACCAGAAGACGCACACGGGCGAAAAGGCGUACCCGCGCCCGCAGUGCGGGAAGCGCUUCACCAAGUCGUCCGCGCUCAUCCUGCGCGAGAGGAUCCACACCGGCGCGAGGCCCUUCCGCUGCGCCGACUGCGGCAAGGCCUUCAGCCAGAAGGCGCACCUCUCCAUCCACCUGAGGAUCCGCACAGGCGAGAAGCCCUACCGCUGCGGCGAGUGCGGGCGCAGCUCCCGGAAGAUGUCCUUCCUGUUCCAGCACCAGGCUAUCCACAGCGACGAGAGGCCCUUCCGGUGCGGCGUGUGCGGCAGGGCCUUCGUGCGCAAGUCCACCCUGGUCCGGCACGACAGGAUCCACACGGGAGAGAAGCCCUAUCGGCGCGCGCAGUGCGGGAAGGCCUUCCGGCAUCAGCCCACGCUGACGGCGCACCGCAGAAUUCACACCCGGGAGAAGCCCUACAAGUGCCAGGCGUGCGGCAAGGCCUUCAGGCGCAUCGGAAAUCUCACCUGCCACCAGAAGACCCACCUGGCCGGGGAGGUGGCCCCGCGCCGGCCCAGCUCAGGGAGCAGGCCUUCCUCCCAGCUAACCAACAACUGA